AUGGAUUCAAUACCAGGCGAUCGAUGGAUUGGCGAUUACGCCCGGUGGCUGCGCGUCCACGAGGCCAGGCUGGGCGAUGUUGCUGCCUCUGCAGCAGCGGCGAAGCGCAAUGCAGCGGUCAAGACAGAGCGCGAUACACCAGCUGCUACCCUGUCGUCCACAUUCUGGAACGUAGUCGGUCUCGGGAGUGCUGGUACUCCAUCCAACGGCUCCCCCAGCUCAGCUGCCACGCGUUCAUCACCGAUGGCUCGGCCCAUGCUGCUACGCCAGAAUCCACACAAUCUGUACUACCUGCUCAUCCGCUUCGAAGAGCUCGGACUGCCUGUAGGAUCGCUUGACACCAGAAUCCCCAUUGCAGCCCGCCCCACCUCUUACUUCUCCUUUGUCGCUGCCACCGCUGCCGACAAGGACCGCGACGAUACCAUGUCGAUGAGCUCCAUGCGUAGCCGUAUGAGCGUCGUUUCCUCGUCGCUAAGCUCGUCGCUCUCCUGGUUUGGCUCCAACGUUGCUCCAGACCCUUGCAAGGAUGUCAAGUACAUUUACUCGUGUUUCACAAAGAUUCCAAGCUUGCGCCUAGGCCCAAUCCCGGCUCGCAAAUUGAUCCAGGACUUUGAAGAUUGUCCGGGGCAGUCGGCAGUUCCGCUCGACGUGUUCAAGAACCUGCAGACGCUCGAGCUGGACGAUGUAGACCCACGCACACUGCUAGGAUGGGAUCGAGCUUGUAUCCAGUUGCGGAGCUUGACUUGCAAGAAGAGCAAUAUCGAGGAUAUCACGGAUGUAUUGGUGGAUCUUGUUGUGCUCGACACCAAGAGGAGAAGGGGCGAAAAACUAGAUGCGAGGCGUCUGCGACGAGCGGCUGUGUCGGCAGAUGCUGAACAGGAUACGUCCACUUCGGACGCCACGGCUACCAAUACGAAUACCAAAGACAAUGCUGUCAAAGCCCAAGUUACUGCCUCAACCUCUGAUCAAGCAGCAGCUGUCAAAGAAAGUACGCCUACCUUGCCAGCCGACCUACCUUCGCUUGCCUGGCACUUUCUUCGCUACCUGAAUCUAUGCUCGAACAAUCUGACCUUCGUUCCGGUCGAGCCGCUGCUCUGUCUUUCAGGCGUCACAAAUCUAGACCUCUCGUCGAACCUGCUCAAUGUAGUCCCGCCCUCUCUCUGCCACCUGCCCGCGCUGACAUCGCUCAACAUCUCGGACAACCUGAUCGACUCUGUUCUUGGCAUCUACGACGCCUUGCCUGCGAUCCGGGCACUCAACCUCGCCAAGAACCGACUCGAGAGCCUCUGUGGAUUGGAGCGACUCUUUACACUUGAGCGGAUCGAUCUACGCGGCAAUGCGAUCUAUGAAGCCGGUGAAGUGGGCCGGUUGGCACCGUUGACCAAGAUCCAAGAGGUGUGGGUGAAGGAUAACCCUUUGGUGGAGGAGCUGGUGGAUUACCGCGUCGAGUGUUUUGCCGAGUUUGCAAUGGAGGCGAAAACAGUGGUGCUGGAUGGCGAGGCGGCGGGAUUCUUUGAGCGACAGAGGAUCGUAGAGCGUGUGCCAAACGCUGCUGCGCUCUGGAGUGGUGGCCGGCUCGGUGAUACGCAAGAGCGUGAUUCGGCGAGGGGAGCAAAGUCGCAUGGAGAGCAGGAUGAAGCGCAGCUGGCCAAAGAUGUCGCCACCACCAGCAACACGUUGGUCAAGAACGUGCGCCAUCGUGCUGCCGGACGCCCGGCAAAUGUGGACAGGGGCCGGGGAGGCGAUUCGCUCCGUGUUUCAGGGAACAGCAUCGCUGGCGGGCUCAAGACCAGGUCACGGUCCAACUCGCGCAAUCGGGAAGACCCACGUACACGGGGCACAUCGAACAACGCCCAAGGCGCAAGGAGGAGGAACCAGCGCGUGGUCGAACUCGACUCGUCUCCACAGAAGCCUUCCGCAACGAACCGCCAACGCACACUUACCGAUUCGGAUCGGAUUAAACACGCAGUGCUGGCGGGCAACAGCAGCGCAGCGUUGGAUGAUGACGAACAAGCCAAGGCGGACAAGGAGGAUAACACUGGUGAGGGCAAGGUUGCUGGCACAGCGAAGGCUGAGUCGGGGAGGCAGCGUGCAGGUGCUGAAAAGGGCCGAUUAGAGACCAGUACGGACCAAGCGGCAGGAGCAGCCUCGACGAUGGCCUUGGCGCUUGUGCCGAAUGUAUGCGUGUCAGACUCGACAACUCGGGCAAGGGAGCGUCAAGGAAGGCUCACUUCAGGACGUAACCCGAUUGACUCGAUUACGCUUGGACGAAAGUCUGCAGCGCGUCCUGUGGCGUCGGACCUAUUCGCACCUCGGAGCAGCGCUGUCGGAAAUACAGACGCAUCGCGUACGAGUGAGAAUGCAGAGAUGCUGGUGAGGGAACGCAUUGCACGUCCACGCACCGGAUCCUCUGCGGCUUUGGCGAGACGAUCGCGUGUCACUACGAGCCUGUACGAGCCAGAUCUGGAGCGCGCCAUCUCCGGCCUGCGCGUAGAUGGCGAUCGAAACGGUGGCGAUCAAGAGAACGAUAUCCGAUCCAUUGCAAGCGCCGGCGCGUCAACAACUCAGUCGCAUACAAAUGCCAGCCGAGGUGGCAAUACCGGCGAUGCGUUUCGACGUCGCAUCGAAGCGCUCAAGUCCGAGGUGGGUGAUGAUUGGCUACGCCUGCUGGCGCGAGGAGGCGGUGCGGACAGAGAGUCGCUCAUGCUGCUCGGAAGCGUCUCGGAAGAUCAGGCUGAAUCGAGGAAUACCGAGGAGCAGCAAGACGUGUCGACACCCACCACAGCUCAGAUACACAACAAUACCGACGUGGCCCGAAUCAGGCGGAAGAAGAGCAGCACAAUUCGAGGCACUGCACCGACAACUUGA